CCCCUCGCUUGCUCGAGCCGCAAAAAACCCUAGCCGCCGUUCCAGCUUGCGGAGAAGAAGCGCGCGAGCCAGCAAUCUCGGGCGGCGGCGGCGGCGAGGAGGAGGAAGUAGCCGGAGAGGAGGGAGAUGGGGAGCGACACGGAGGCGGAGAAGAAGAAGACGCCCGUGGCGCUGGCGCCCAUCGCGAAGCCGCUCGCCGGCAAGAAGCUCUGCAAGCGAACCCUCAAGCUCGUCCGCCGAGCGUCUGAGGCCAAAUGCUUGAAGCGAGGAGUCAAGGAGGUCGUCAAGAGCAUCCGCCGCGGGCAGAAAGGAUUGUGCAUCAUUGCUGGCAACAUUUCUCCCAUUGAUGUGAUAACACAUGUUCCCAUCCUUUGCGAAGAAGCCAACAUUCCUUAUGUAUAUGUUCCGUCGAAAGAGGAUCUCGCAACAGCUGGGACUACCAAGAGGCCUACCUGUUGUGUAUUGGUUCUGACCAAGCCAGCCAAGGGCGAGCUUGAGGAAGAUGUCAAGGAGAAACUUAAGACGGACUACGAUCAAGUUAUGUCUGAAGUUGCUGAGGUCACGUCUUCAAUGUUCUAAGUUCACACUUGUACUUGUAGCUACAAAAUCAGAAUCAACAUCCACUUCCAGCACACAGCCCUGUUUUGUACUGUGUCAGCAUGACAUCAACCUGUGGCGGAUGUUUUUCGAGUGCCUGUAGGAGACAAUAGUUCCUCUGCUAGAUUAUCUAUCGGAUGUUGUCUUUUUGGACUAAUUGAUUCCCUACCUGGAUCAUAUAUAAUUAGCUCCUCUAUAAAUCAUUUUGUGCGAAACAACCA